AUGUCUGACCCACCUCCCUCAUACGGUGGCCAUCCGAACUAUGCGCAGCAAUGGCCUCCUGCAUACCCCUCGAUGAUCCCCCCAAAUUUCCCCAUCAACUCAGACUACUCUCGCAUGAGUCAGCCAUCGGCAACAAAUCCUGGUCCGACCUUCGACUAUAACAUGGCAAGCGUCAACGCCAAUUCGCGAAUCGCAGGUUCAAGUGGCCCCGGAAACUCAGCAUUCAUUCCGCCUCAGUUCCCCUUCUUCAAUCACUUCGACACGUCACAAUUUCCAUCUCCGUUCCCUCCAAUGCCGUUUCCUCCGAUAGGCUAUCCCCCAUUGCCAACAGGGUCCUCAAAUGUCCCUAUCACAUAUCAAGCUAUGGACGGACGCGGCUCAAAUCAACUAUCAACGCCAGCCGUACAUCCGAAUGACAUCCCAGCUCACGCGGAUAAUCACCGUGAGGAAGGCGAAGUUAGUGAGGAAUCGGAUGAAAGGUCACUACAGCCAGCGCGCAAGGCUACGCGCCAAUAUAUGGACCUGGAAGAAGGAGAAACAAUGUCUUCUAGCGCACAGUCUUCUAGGAGUACAUACAACCCUCCUUUGUCAGUCUCGGCAGACCCAAGCAUAGUCCACCAUGCGAUUCAGUCUCAGCGGCAGGACUCACCUGCAACCGUCCCACCCCCUCCAGCUCAGAAAUCGGUAGCACAGCUCCGAAUCCAAGCCCAAGGCGCUUUGCUUAGCCUGGCGCCCCAUAAUAUCCGCUACAGUGAACUAGUGGCGGAGGGUAUCAACCCUGUGGUCUUGAGACGCCUUUACGAAGAAGUCGGCAUCAAGGUCCCCACUUCACCUGCACAGGGUCCCACAGUUCCUGAGAAGGCCUCCGCCGCGUCGAUAGUUGCUGCCAAGGAACUAGAAUCUAGCAAACCAGCUGAGCUUGGCGAGGUAGUGAAGGAGAGUGACAACACCACAAAGCCGAAUUUGCCAGUGGUCCACCCUUCUGUCCCAUCAGUCCCCUCUUCUUCCAAAUCUGGCAAGCCUAUGGAGCGAAAGGAACUUAUCGCCCGGAUGCUGGCUGAGAAAGCUGCGAAGGCGACAUCGAAAGAGACUUCACCAACUGGCAGUGCGAAAUCUCUCCCUACCAUACCAGCCGAGGAGGCCCGUCCGGUUCAGAAGGAAACUCUAGCAAAGGAGAAGAGCAAAGCGCAGACGGAGCUGGCAAGGCAGCGAAUUGAGGAACUCAAAAGACAGACACUACUGAAGACCCAGAAAUUGGCUCAGGCAAAUCUGCUGCCGGCUCAGUCAGAAUCUCCGGCGCCAGCUAUUCAACACCCGCUUCCCGUUCGACCUCCUGUGCCUGAAUCUCGACGCUCUGUUGCGCUUCCAGGACUUCUCAUGACUAGAUCGGAGGAGCAGCCAAAUGAAGCUGUUGCCUCUGAGGCGGUACGGACUAUCGACGUUGACUCAACACCGGUGUCUCGGGCAUCCCAACGCAAGCGGCCUCGGGCUUCCGAUUUCGAUGAGCCAGUUGCACCUCUGAAGAAGAAUUUCAAUCCAGCUGCGCCUCGGUUCGACCCUGCCGAUAGACUUAUCAUUGCAAUCAGCGACGACGAGGAAUCACUCUACGGCGAUGACGAGGACGACAACAUGGAGUUGGAUUCGAGCCCAGAACAGGAACAAGCGCCGAUAGUGACCUCGACCAGUGUGAAGCCUCCUAUUCAAUCCAAUCCUCCCGUCAUACGGGCGUCGACAUCUACACCACAAGCCCCAUCUAGUCUCAGUGACCAAGGAGAUAUUCGACUUAAAGAUCUGGAAAUUCAAGCUAUGCGUCGCAAGAUUGCAGAGCUGGAGCUACGAAGAAAAUCAAAGCUUGCUGCCAGCCGAACCCAGUCACCUCGUAACCUGGAUGACUCUGGAGCAUCAUCAUCUGGUGGACCAUCCAGUGUUGUCGCAGCUACUUCUGAAGAAGAUACCUUGAAGACUAAACCGACGACCGCUGCCCCUAGUUCGCUCAUCCCCGGUGCCCAUGUUUCCGAACCAGAAGCAUUAGCCGAGGGCGCUGUCGCCCAAGAACCGCUCGAAAAAGCCUAUGCCAGUGAAGUGGCGAACGGUGUAAUUGAUAGAACCGCAGAGACGUCGGCUUCAUUUGAGUCCGAUUCUGCUGGGUCGGCUAUGCAAGAGUCUGAUGACAACAGCAGUGAUAGUUCCGAUUCGUCCAGCGAGAGUGAAGAGGAGCCUGUUAGCUCGCCAUCGCAAGCUGAUGCCGACGCUGCUAUUGUGCCGUCAUUCUCAGAGCCUAUGGAGAUUGGCUCUUCGGUGCGAUCUGCGUCCCGGAGCUCGCCCUCCGCCAUCACCCGCCCUAGUGCAAAUUCUGCCGACGAAUAUGCUUCUCAACACCACCUUAGCGAACAGUCUCAGCGUGAAGAGUCUGUGGAGUCCGACGGCUAUGAGCCCCCAGAGCCUGAUACCGAAGCUCAGUCUGAAGGCUCGAGUUACAGCCCUCCUCCAUUCAGCCCAGCUCUUACCGGUCUCGUAGAAAAUACAGCAGGCUCGGCACCAUCAUUUGACUUAACUCAAGCUGAUGAAGAACUAACCCCCGCGCCUCAGAUCUCAGACGUGUCAGAACCAUCACCCCGGUCGGAUUUGCAGGUUGGCGCUCCUAACACCGAAGCAUCGCGUGCUAUUUCAGAACAAAGGUUCACGCCGUACACCAGCCCACUACGAACUUUCAAGGCUUAUCGCUACCACCCGCAUUAUACCGAAGACGUUCCGAGUGGCUACCGCUCGCUAACUUACAGUCAUAAUAUUGAUUCCAUGAAGUACAUGUGUCCAUAUGAGCUGGCGGGGGGUGUCUGUAAUGACCGAUCCUGCGAGUUCCAGCAUCUUCGGGACAUGACUCUAAGUGACGACAAGAUUCUCGUCCAGAUGGGCUCCGUUCGAGAGGGUCAAACCGAAGAAGAAAAAGAAAAAUAUCUUGCUGGUCUUAAAGAGAUCAUCAACGAUUUACGGCGUGACAAGGUGAAAGAUUUCAACACUGUGGCUUCCGAGAUAGCCGCAUACCGUAGGCGCUUCCUCCAAGACCCGUCACGUGUCUUGUCCCUGUAA